CCGGGAUCCCGCGCCAAUCCACACCGCUUGUGCCCAUCCCCCAACGGCCCAGGAACCAGCCCACCGCACCGUCCUACGUCUGCCCAUCUCGGAUCGGAUCGGGAUCACCACCAUUUAAAACGGCCCCUUCCUUCCCCUUUCCGCUCAGGGUGGGCACUCACUACUAGUGGUUGAUCAGAUCACACAUCACAGUCAUGGUGGAUACCGGUGCCAAGGACGUGACGGCCGAGCCGGAGCUGCUGCUGCUGCUGGAGCGCAGUCGGGCGAUCACCGUGCAGGGCAGCGAUAAGAGCGGCCGCGCCGUCGUCAGGAUCGUCGGCAAGCACUUCCCCGCACGCGCGCUGGGCGGGCGGGCGGAGGAGUCGCUGAAGGCGUACCUGCGUGAGCGGGUGCUGCCCGAGGUCGGGGAACGGGAGUUCGUGGUCGUGUACGUGCACUCCCUCGUCGACCGCGGCGACAACUUCCCGGGCCUGGGCGCGAUCCGCGCGGCGUACGAGUCCCUGCCAGCCGCGGCCAGGGACAGGCUGCGCGCCGUGUACUUCCUGCACCCCGGCCUCCAGACCCGGCUCUUCUUCGCCACCGUCGGCCGCUUCCUCUUCAGCUCCGGGUUGUACGAGAAGUUGAGGUACAUGAGCAGGCUGGAGUACCUGUGGGCGCACGUGCACAAGGGGGAGCUGGAGGUCCCGGAGUGCGCGCGCCGGCACGACGAGGAGCUCGAGCGCCGCCCGCUCAUGGACUACGGGAUCGAGGCCAACGAGCGCCGUUGCAUGUACGACGCCGCGUCCAUGGACACCUCCUCCUCCCUGCACUCGCUACGCUGCAUCUCCUAGCUAGUAGCCGGCACCCUGCGCUCGCCUCGCCUCAGCCUCCGGUUGUAGUUUAAUAGUUUAGCAGGCUUCUUGAUCUUCGUUUGUUACGAAAACAUCUGUACAAAUUGAUACUGGUGGAAGUAAAAGGGGUAAUAAUAAAGAGACCGAUUAUUCGACUUU